AGCACACUCCAUACCAGUGGUGGCGGUAAUGCACACCUACAGAUUCUUGCCAACCGCCAUUAAACACCAGAAGACGAAGAAGACAAGGUUUUACCACGAGACAUCCAUCAUGGCUGCCUGCGAUGGAACUUCACUCUGUGGUGGGGACAGCAUAUUGGAGCCUCUGAGUUUUCCAGAGUUUGAAGCUGGGGGUCCCAGUGCUUCCAGUCUGCUGCAGCAUCCAAGUGAUGAGUUGCUGGUCUGCCUGUUUUGUUCCGAGUCUGUCCCUCUGAUGCAGAAAGACGCCCUGCUCAGACACAUGCUGCUUGACCACAAGCUUGUGAUUGCUGAUGUCAAGCUCAUUGUCAACCUCACAGGAUACAUGGUUUACUGGAAGGGGAGGUUCCUAGAGCAACCAGUCACUGACUUCUGCAGUGUGAUAAAGACAAACUCCACUGGUCCAGUUGAGACGCAAGAAAACUACUUCCUUCUGUGUGACGUCCUUCCAGAAGACCGAUUACUUAGAGAGAGGCUCCAGCAAAAACGACUGGAGGAGGUGCUGGAACAACAGCAGAAGGAGCGAGAAGACUGCUACUUCAGUCAUAUCUGCUUAUUCUGCAGUGAGGAGUUCACUGGAAAUAGGGCAUCUCUGCUAAACCACAUGGCCAGAGAACACUCGUUCAGCAUUGGGCUCCCAGACAACAUUGUGUACUGCAAUGAGUUCCUGGACACACUGCAACACAAACUGGACAACCUGCAGUGUUUGUACUGUGAAAAGAUAUUCCGAGAUAAAACCACACUAAAGGAUCAUAUGAGGAAGAAAGCUCAUCGUCGCAUCAAUGCCAACAACCAUGAAUAUGACCGCUUCUAUGUCAUCAACUACCUGGAACUGGGAAAAACCUGGGAGGAGGUUCAGAGUGAAGAUGACCGGGAGCUGGUAGAUGGUGAAGACGAUGAAUGGUCGGACUGGCAAGCCCAUCCUGUCUCUGCUGUUUGUCUCUUCUGUGAUCAUCAGUCAGAGACAUUGCAUCUGAUUUAUACACACAUGAAGGAUUCCCAUGGCUUUGACCUUCCUAACCUGAAGAUGGAGCUCAAUCUUGGGUUCUACCAGCAGGUGAAGCUGGUCAACUUCAUUCGGCGGCAGAUCCACCAGUGCCGUUGCUAUGGCUGCCAGGAGAAGUUCGACUCCAGAGCAGACAUGUUGGACCAUAUCAUCUCUAUGGGGCACCUGAUGAAACUGCCACAGAUGUCCGCCUGGGACCAGCCACAAUAUUAUUUCCCAACAUAUGAGAACGAUGGCCUUCUAUUUACGCUGUGUGACAGCGAUGAAGAAGAUGAGACAUGUCACAGUGAGGACAUACCAGUAAUUGCAGAGGACAUAUCCAACCUAAGAGCGCUAAAACAGAACAGCAUCCUCAACCAGCUGCUGAAGGACAGUGGCCCCUGCAGAAAGGAGGAUGGAUAGAGUCCUUGUAAUUAUUAUUUUUUUGGAUUGUGUGUUUUGGAUCAAACUUGUGUUCAGACCCAUCAGAAUAUGUAGACACGCGACAGCAUAUGUUUCUCACAGAUGGGGAGAAACAUCCUGGAGCUGUGAAAAGUUCCACCAACACCCAGGACUUUAAUAAACAAGCCAAAUGAACAAGCUGACUUUUUUUUCUCUGAACGCAGUACUAAAUACUUCAAUACAGUUCUAAAAAAUAUUCUGCUCCUAAUGUGUGUGUCUCUGAUUGUACAGGCAGUUCUCAAUAAAUAAAAUAUAUUAAAAAUAAA